UUUUUUUUCAAUGUCUCACACGUUGCAACUCUCAUUCUCUUCAAGUCUAUUCUGUUCUUCAAUGAAGGUGAACAAGAUGAAGAUGAAGAUGAAGAUGAAGAUGAAGAGAGUUAGACCUCACUGCCUUCAAAUCCUAUGCUCUUCUGAACAUUCCGGAUUCAAAGAUGAAGAUGAUGCUGAUAAUGGAGGAGCUCAAGGCUUGUCGAGGGUGAUAUUGGUGGAGAGAUAUAGCAAUGGUACUGCUAAGAGAUAUGUAUUAGGUGAUGAUUCGCAGUUGCAAACCUUUCUUGUCGAAGAUGAAAGGUCUACAGCAAACAGGUUCCGGGAUUUGCAUUCCCUUGACAAAAGAAUAUCAUGGCUUCCAGUGAUAGUCAAAGAUUUUAUUCUACCAGCUGGCUUUCCUGGCUCAGUUUCGGAUGAUUACUUGAACUACUUGUUAUUACAGUUCCCUACCAAUGUGACUGGAUGGAUCUGUCACACCCUAGUCACUUCAAGUCUCCUAAAGGCUGUUGGUGUUGGCUCUUUCUCUGGAACCACAGCUGCUGCUUCUGCUGCUGCCAUCAGAUGGGUCUCAAAGGAUGGCAUUGGGGCUGUUGGACGCUUAUUCAUUGGUGGACGGUUUGGAAAUCUUUUUGAUGAUGAUCCAAAGCAAUGGAGAAUGUAUGCAGACUUUAUUGGCAGUGCUGGAAGCAUUUUUGAUCUGACAACCCAAUUGUAUCCUGCCUAUUUUCUUCCUUUGGCAUCUCUUGGAAAUCUUACUAAGGCUGUAGCAAGAGGACUGAAAGAUCCUUCUUUUCGUGUGAUUCAAAACCAUUUUGCAAUUUCAGGAAACCUAGGAGAGGUUGCAGCGAAGGAAGAAGUUUGGGAAGUGGUUGCUCAACUCGUUGGUCUUGCUUUGGGCAUAUUGAUACUGGAUACAUCUGACAUAGUAAAAUCAUACCCUGUACUUUCAUUAACUUGGUUGAGUGUACGACUUCUGCAUCUUCGGCUACGCUAUGAAUCACUUUCAGUCCUCCAGUUUAACACAAUAAAUCUUAAGCGUGCUCGCAUACUGGUAAAAUCACAUGUGUUACACUCUAAUGUUCCAGGAUGCAUGGAUUGCAACAGUGAAGAGAAUAUAUUAGCUUGGUCGCAGUUCAUGAAACCAAAAAUAAUUUUUGGCUUGCCCUUGGAGAAGAUGGAUGGUGUGGAGAGAUCUCAUUUUAUGGUUGAGGCACUUCUAAAACUAUAUGCAAAGGAGAAAUAUAUUCUUAUGUUGAACCAGCAGCCAGAAGAUUUGAAGUUUUAUGUUUCUUUCAAGGUUGGAGCUACAAGUGUCUCGGUAUUGCGAAGUGUGUGGCAGACUUUCUGGCUAAGUGAGAAUUGGGAUAACAAUGCUAAUGUUUGUGAUCAACUUGCUAAUAGCCUAAUGGAAUUGGAAGAUAGGUUUGAGGAUUUCAUUCAGAAGUUGAAAGGUGCUGAAUGGGAUACCCAGCAAUUAAAUUUGAAGGUUCCAAAAGAAAUCUUAAUUGAUGACAUCAAUCCUCUCUUAAGACCAUGAGGUCCUUCUUGAGAAUUGAGGCCUAAAAUCUGAUAAGCCAAAUUAUACAUUCUGGUGGCAGAGUUUCAAGCAUUCAGAGCAAGAUAUAUGUUUUCCCUUGUAGAUAUUCAACAAAUGGAGACAAAGUACUUAUGGUGGCCAAUGGACUUAUAAUCUUAACUCAUUUAACACCAUAUACUGGCUUUGACACUGCAUUCUUAGGAAGGCUCCUGUUGUAAAGAAUCUGUUCUCAAUUUUGUUUGAAAUAUUUCAUGUUUGCAAUAUUUUUGGGAAAAAGUUCAUACUUGUUCAAAAUAGGAAGACAGAUGCAUCCACUCCCAAAGCUCAGUUAUAGUGUAAUGUAAUAAAUAUUCAUUUAGGUUUUCCAUUUUGCAUGCAAU